UUUUAAAAAAAAGAGAAAAAGACCAGUGGCUCAGUUUUGAAAAGUCUGGUUUACCACCUCACCACCCGGCAAGACCAGAAUCAGAGACCCCCAUGGUAGGACUGAAGAUAACCAGGGGUCCCAACUAAGCUGACUGACGGCCCGAACCCAAGAUCCUGUGUGGGUAGAAGUGCCAGCCUUGUUUCGAAAUUCUCCUUCCUUCUGUGUGGGCAGUAAAAUGCAGCCUCUGCAAAAUGGACCCAUGUGAUGGUAGUGCACCAUGGCCAAGCUCUAACCAGGAAAACCCUAGUUAUUGCUGAGCUUAUGUUCCUCAACCCCAAUAUUCCUGUUCCUGAUUCCUUGCUGCAGGAGGGUUCCCCACUCGUGGUGUGAUGUCUUCCAGGCAUCAAGGCCAGGCAGAUCAUCGGGAAAGAGGCUUUGAUUGGCCAGCAUUAGGAGUUGCUGCUGCGUGCCCCCGUCUCCAGAAGCUCAGUGCCUGGCCUGGCAGGGAUAGGGUCAAGACUUCCCAUCUCACCCGCCUAUAAAAGGCCAGUCGGUGCUGAUGGAACGCAGUAGUGGGCCAGAUGAAAGGACACAUUGUGGGUGGGGGCCUGCAAGAACAACAGACCCCGGCUCAAUCCCAGCCUCCCACUCCCCUUGCAUGCCUUCCCUCACCUUUCUGACCACUAAGAAGGGAUUUGCCCGGGGCCUGGGGCGCCCCCUGCGGGCACGAGUGGAGCUGCAGCUAUGCCCCGCCCUCCGGAACGCCCCCACCGACCCUGGCACUUCAAAAUGAGGUUCCAGCUGUUCCUUGGGCGCGUGUAGUUGCCCUGGAGACUGGACAGCACCCCGCACACACUCCGCCCGCCCCCAGCGCGCAGGCCUGCAGUGGUUGCCGUAGCUACGGGAGGCGAGGGGGCGCGGAGCCCGACGCCACGCCCUAACUCCAUAUAGCCCCGCCCCCAGGCCCCCGCCCCGCCCUCCCUGCCGCCUUCGCUCUUGCUGCCGCGGCUUCUACCAGGGGUCCGCGGGGCUGCGGCGGGUGCAGCUGGGGUGCGGCUCAGAGCGGAGGCGCAGGGGACGUGCCAGGCGCAGGCCAAGAAGGGCUGGGCCGUUCGCUCGGGAUGCGCUGUUGAGGCCCAGCAUGGCCGACCUGGGCCCCACCUUCCCGCUGCACCGGCUAGUCUGGGCGAACCGGCACCGCGAACUGGAGGCCGCACUGCACAGCCGCAAGCAUGACAUUGAACAGGAGGACCCCCGAGGGCGAACCCCCCUGGAGCUGGCUGUGACCUUGGGGAAUUUGGAGUCUGUGAGAGUCCUCCUUCGACAUAAUGCCAACGUGGGCAAAGAAAGCCACCAGGGCUGGGCAGUCCUGCAGGAGGCAGUCAGCACUGGAGACCCUGAGAUGGUACAGUUGGUACUCCAGUAUCGGGACUUCCAGAGGGCCACACAGAGGUUGGCUGGCAUUCCAGAACUGCUCAACAAACUCCGCCAGGCCCCUGAUUUCUACGUGGAAAUGAAGUGGGAGUUCACAAGCUGGGUCCCUCUUGUGUCCAAGAUGUGCCCGAGCGACGUGUACCGUGUGUGGAAGCGGGGUGAGAGUCUGCGGGUGGACACUAGUCUCUUGGGCUUUGAGCACAUGACCUGGCAACGUGGCCGGAGGAGCUUCAUCUUCAGGGGUCAGGAGGCGGGAGCCUUGGUGAUGGAAGUGGAUCAUGACCGGCAGGUGGUACACACAGAGACACUAGGUCCAGCUCUGCAUGAACCAGAAGCGCUGCUGGCUGCCAUGAGGCCCAGUGAGGAGCAUGUGGCCAGUCGACUCACCUCUCCUGUUGUCUCCACCCACCUGGACACUCGAAAUGUAGCCUUUGAGAGGAACAAAUGUGGUAUCUGGGGAUGGCGGUCUGAGAAGAUGGAGGCUGUUAGCGGCUAUGAGGCAAAGGUGUACAGUGCCACCAAUGUGGAGCUGGUGACACGCACAAGAACAGAACACCUCUCUGAUCAGGACAAGUUAAGGAACAAAGUGGGGAAGACUCCACUGCACUCCUUCCUGGGGAUGGCCCAGCAGCACUCCUCACACACUGCGGCUCCCACACAGCAGGCAGCCAGCCCCACCAACCCUACAGCCAUUUCUGCUGAGGAAUACUUUGACCCCAGCUUCAGCCUGGAAUCCAGGAACAUUGGCCGCCCUGUUGAGAUGUCUAGCAAAGUGCAGAGGUUCAAGGCAACACUGUGGCUAAGUGAGGAGCACCCACUGUCCUUGGGUGACCAGGUGACACCCAUCAUUGACCUGAUGGCCAUCAGCAACGCUCAUUUUGCCAAGCUGCGGGAUUUCAUCACUCUACGCCUCCCACCAGGCUUCCCUGUCAAGAUUGAGAUUCCUCUCUUCCAUGUGCUCAAUGCCCGCAUCACCUUCAGUAACCUGUGCGGCUGUGAUGAGCCUGUGAGCUCGGUGUGCGUCCCCAAACCCAGUUCUGCCAUUUCUGCUUCAGGUAUGACUGUAGCCCCAGGAGACAUACAUAGCUGCGAGUGCAGCUCUUUGAUCCGCCUUGGGCUGAAUAUGACCCCUCUGCUGCCCUGCCCAGGAAGCCCUUUCCCAUGUGAGGUGGACCCCGCUGUGUUCGAGGUGCCCGAGGGGUACAGUGUGCUGGGUGCUGAACGCAGUGAGCCCCUUCGAGAUGAGGAUGAUGACCUGCUGCAGUUUGCCAUCCAGCAGAGCCUGCUUGAGGCAGGCACAGAGGCAGAGCAGGUGACGGUGUGGGAAGCCCUGACCAACACAAGGCCUGGCAUUCACCCUCCUCCCCGAGUCACAGUGUUUGAAGAGCAGCUUCAGCUAGAGCAGGCCCUCCAGGAAAGCCUACAGCUGUCCACGGAGUCCAGGGGUCCUGAAUCUCCUCAGAAGACACCUCCAUCCCCUGCACCCCCAAGUUUUGAGGAGCAGCUUCGCCUGGCCCUGGAGUUGUCUUCAAGGGAACAGGAGGAGUUGGAGCGCCAGGGUCAGCAGGAAGAGGAAGACUUACAGCGGAUCCUGCAGCUGUCACUCACAGAGCACUGAGAUGCCUAGCCUUGGGGCUCCCCAGGCUCAUUCCUUCUGGUUUUGUAAUUUAUUUAUUUAUAAACUGUCUGCUGCUGAGCUUGAGGUCUGGGUACGGAGGUAGGCUAGCAGUGAGACUAAGGUGGAAAUAAAGAGACCAUCAGCAGUA